AUGGGGAUAUUACCUCGAAAAUCCACAACGAGGCGGGUCCGCUUCAUUCUCAGUUUCACGGCUUCUUCAAGGAAUCAAGAGUCUCUGACUCUCUCACCGGUGGACUACAAGAUUUGGGUGCCUGACUGCCUGCCGCCUGGAAUUAUUGGUGUUUGUCCUCAAAAUCGAAGGAUGACGGGUUUGAAGAGGAAAGUCAGAGAUGAAAACAAUCCCAGUAGGGAAAAAGGGAGAGAAUUUAAGAACAGGAAGAGAAAUCAUUCAAGCUCAAGGACGAAGGGAAAGGAGCAAAAUAGGCCUCGGCGUGGGCCUCGCUUGCCAAAUGCGUUGCAGAAAGAGCUCAAUCUCUUAAACCCUGCAGUUGAAAGGGGAUUUUCUGAUGGUGAUGAAGAUAUUAAUUUUGACGAUACAGUUGGCAAUGAUGUGUAUGAAUACGAAGAAGGCGUUCCGGAGGAGGAAUCAAAGAAGAAUAAACGGUUUGACCCCGUUGACAACUAUGAGUACGAGCUUCCUGAAGAUUUUGAGGAUGAGAAUGUAGCAUCAGAUGAAGGUGAGGAUGAUGAAAAUGAGGAUAAUCAGAAAGAGGAUGAUAAUGAGGCAGAUGAGGGAAGGCAUGCGCGGAUGUUGCAAGAUAUCACUGGACUGCCUGGCUCUGCUUUUGAUGGUAAAAAGAAGAAGAAAGAUCUUAUCGUGUCUGAACCAUAUCCAGAAUCUGAGUAUAAUCCUAGUCGUGAUAUUCUUGAUGGAGACGGACGGAUUAGCAUUCAUGACCUUCUGGACCCGCUUCAGGGGAAGUCUGGCUUCAGCAAACUUAGGAAGAACUUCCACCGAAUUGAGAAUAAGUCUAUGCCCAUUCACACGCCAAUUCCAAAACCAGAUCAAGAGAGAUUGGAGAGAAAGGCUGCUUAUGAACAAUCUAAGAAGGAUAUUACCAAGUGGGAACCUUUGGUCAAGAGAAAUAGAGAGGCACCUACUUUAUAUUUUGACGAGGAUGUAGACUUGGGAUUUUCAACUGUUCGUGGGUUGAAAAAGAGAAAAGAGGCAGCUGAUGAAGAAGCUAGGCUUGCUCUUGAAGAUUAUGAGUCAUCAUUGAAGCAAUUGGAAGGUAAAGGUGGGGAGCAAAGUCAUGACAUGGGUGCCUUAAGUGGUAGAAGAGUUUUUGGUGUUCCUAAAAAGCAGGUUCAGGAAACAAGUAAGAAGCUCAAAACAGAUAAUUACUAUGGCGACAGUGAUAGUGAAAUUGAUGUUGAGACCAAGGAAGAUGAGGACUGUGAGCAGGGGAACGGUAAUCUUUCUGUAAGAGAAGUAAACAUUGACCCUGAUUUUCUUCGUGAAGAGUCUGAGAUCAGUCAUGAUCCUGUGUUUAAGAAUUUUGAGGAUAUUCUUAAAGUCCCUGAACCCAAGGCAAAUUAUGAAGUUGGAAUUUUUGCUUCCGACUCUUGGAAAAAGAAACAGAAUUUAUCAGAUGGUAAUCAGCAGAAAAAAGCUGCCAACAACAAUGUUGGGAAGUCUUCAGUACCUGGAAGACCUUCAAAAUAUGACCAAACCAUAGAGGAAGAGGAUGACGACGAUGAUGCAGAUAGUGGGGCAGAAAUGGUGGAUGGAAUUAUAUCUUCCGGGACCAAGUCAACUUAUGAACUUCCAUCUCAAGAAGAGCUUACACGCCGUGCUUUUGCUGGGGAUGAUGUUGAAGAAGAAUUUGAGAACGAUAAAGAGGCGAUCCUAAAUGAGGAGAAUCCAGAACCUGAAAAGCCUGUUUUACUUCCUGGCUGGGGCCAAUGGACUGACAUACAGAAAAAGAAAGGUCUACCUUCUUGGAUGCAGCAAGAGCACGAUAUGGCCAAAAAGAAAAGGGAAGAAGCUCUCAAGAAGAGGAAAGAUGCACAUCUUAAUAAUGUUAUCAUCUCUGAGAAGUUGGAUAAAAAGGCUGAAAAACUGCACACAAAGACUCUGCCUUACCCCUACACAUCGAAGGAAGUUUUUGAACAGAGUAUUCGGAUGCCAAUUGGACCUGAAUUUAAUCCUGUCACAGCAGUUGGAGCUCUUAAUCGUCCUGAGGUGAUAAAGAGAGCUGGUGUGAGCAUCAAACCUAUCCAAUUUCAGGAUGUUAAUCCCCAUGAAAAAGUGGAAAACCGUAAGCGCAAGGGACAAAAACCAAGCAAUGAUUUUGAGGAGCAAUCUAGUGUCAUUGGAUUGGAGGAGGUUUCUACCUCGUUCACUGGCCUGUGUGUAUUGUUCUUGUAUAGAUUUUGGACAUGA